GCCGGAGCCGGAUGCGGAGCUUUGGACAUGGACUUUCAGCAGUACCAGGCUAUUUACGCUCAGUGGGAACAAGGCCAAGUAACGUUGCAGGAGGUGCAGCAGCAAUAUGGCUUGGAAAGGGCUGAGCUCCUUCAGGCUCAGCGGGCAGUGGUCAUGGAUGAGAGAGAUCCGCCCAUGUGUGAGGCGCUUUCAGACAAUGGUGUGGGCCAGGAGACUGCGCCCGACUCCACGUGCAAUGAAGUGAUCCCUGGUCUCGGAGCUGUGGGGCGACCUCGUCUUCGAUUUGGCUUCUUUGAGAGCAUCUAUGGACAGUGGCGACAGCAACACAGAAGUAGUGUGGAGAUCGCGGAGGCCUAUGGCCCCUUGUGGGUGCGUCUCUUUCGCCAAUGGAAGCUGUGGGGCCUUGAAGGGAUAUGGGUACAUCUGCCGUCAAUCUUAGACAUGGAGCCGAAUCCGUGCCCGACAACCACACGUCCGCUAAUUGGUGUUGGAGAUUGGGAGGAUCGUUUUCUCAAAGUUCCUGAGGCUGCAAUGUGGACGCUCUACUCGCGGUGGGUGUCAAGGGAGAUUGAGGAUUCGGUCCUGGCCUUGGAGUAUGGUGAAGAGUGGCUUCGAGCCUUCCACGUGAUCUACCAGGAUGGGAUUGAGGCGGCCAGGACUAUGCUCGAUGAUGUUGUGUUGUGGUCUGCGCAACAUGUGGGCUCCAGCUCGCAAGUCUUUGGUCAGUCUGGUAUGGCGGGGACUGGACAUGGCCAGAUUGGGGUGCCGGACGGCGUGAUACUGAUGAACGAGCUUUCGAGUACACCCCAGGAGUCACGAGGUGAUGAUGGUUCUGUGCAAGAUGAAGUGACGGGCUACAAGGGUUAG